AUGGUCUCAGAAUCACUACUUCGUACUGCAGUCUUCAAAGCCACUGAUGGGAAAUUGAGAGCUGAUAACUGGCAAUACAUAAUUGAUGUCUGUGACGUUGUGAAGGAGGAUCCUGAAGAUGGCGGCCGAUUGGUCAUCGACAUAGUUGAAGAAAGAUUGAAAGAAACGGAUGCGAAUGUUAUAUUGCGCACUCUUUCGUUGGUGGUUUCGCUGGCGGAAAAUUGCGGAUCUCGUUUGCAGCAGGCGGUUAGCUCGAAGAAGUUUACAAAGGUGCUAAUGGGUCUGAUAAAAAGUACAGGCGUACAUUGGCUAGUUAAAAAGGAGGUAGCAAAGACUGUUGCACAACUGAGUGACUCUUUUAAGAAGGACCCCUCGCUGAAACCAAUGCAAGAUCUCUUUUCGGAUAUUCGAGCCAAGGAGCCAGGCUUACUUGAGGAACAAGCCGUUCCGCGUAAGACAGAAAUGAGCAACGAAACGAAGCGAAGCGAAGAUAAAGAGCUCGAAGAGGCGUUGAGGCUGUCGAUUAUGGAGUACACAAAGACCGGAGGGUCGCAACAUAGUCUUGAGAGCCAGAAUAAAGCUCACGUAUCUCAUGCAGAAGAGAGGGGCUCUUCUACAUCCCCCGGAAAUGGACAGGCACCUUCCCCUGCGGUGGUGAGAAAAGUCAGGGCACUUCACGACUUGUCUGGUCGAGAUUCUGAAGAACUAUCGUUCCGGAAGGGUGACGUGAUUACCGUCAUUGAACAGGUUUAUCGAGAUUGGUGGCGAGGCAGCUUGCGCGGAAAUGUAGGAAUUUUCCCCCUCAAUUACGUCACGCCCGUGGCAGAGAAGACUGUUCAAGAGAUGGAUCAUGAGCGUGCUCAAGAAGACGCGAUGUUGGCGCAAAUCUCCAGGGUAGACAAGCUGCAUCAGACAAUGAGAAAUGCUGGACACAACUUCGAAAUUACCCAAGAUCAAGAGGUUACCGAUUUGUAUAGCUCAAUAACCCCUCUACGGCCUCAAUUAACCAAAAUGAUUGGUAAUUGCGCUCAAAAAAAGGAGGAAUACUCUUCGUUGCGCAGAGUACUGGCCGAUGCAGAGGCUUCCUAUAAUCAACUUCUCAACCGAGCUAGCCAUUCGUAUGCACUUCCGUCUAUACAGCAGGCGAGGCCAGAUUACAUGCGUGGGGCUAGACAACCAUCAUACACAGGACCACUUGGGAACCAUCAACCGCAGUCUGCUAACUCAUACGUCCAUGCUCAACCUUACCUUACCGGAGAGGGGGCACCUGAUUACAACCAGCAAAUGCAGCAACAACAGCACAGCAUUGGCUCGCCACAGCAUCCACAACAACGCCAGCCAUCACAACAACAUCAACUGCAAUAUCAAGGCUUACAGCAAGGUUUACUGCAAGGUUCACAGCAAGGACCAAGCGCAGGAAACAACAAUUCAACAUAUCCAACACCUUACCCGAUUAGCAAUCAAAAUACGGGUCUUCGCAAGGACUAA